AUGCCAUUUCCAGGUACUGGAGCGUCUUGUGUUUAUGCUUUAUUGGGUGCACGUUGGGCUGGAUGGAAAUUUAUAGCCACAGAAGCGAACGAUGAAGCCGCUCAUGCAGCCAAUGACAAUGUCGUUCGUAAUCAGCUCAGUCAUCUCGUACGGGUUGUACAUGUUAGUGAACACUCUCCAACGCUAAUCAAGGAUUUGACUCGGCAAUUCAGUGAUCUACAGUUUUCAUUCUGUAUGUGUAACCCACCAUUCUUUGAGUCGUGUGAAACUGACAAGAGGUUUUCCGUUGAUACAGCUUCUGGAACCAUGUUGAACGAAUGCGCAGUUCGAUUGUCCGCAGGCUGA